CCCAUUUCCCAAUUUUCUUCAAAUUCUCUCAUCUAAUUUCAUCUUCUUUCCACCAAACCAUUUGAUUUUUUUUCUUCAAAAAAAAAUUCUUUGGUUUGUUCGUAAACUUCAAUACUCAAAAUCCAAAACCCACUUUUCAGUUCAUAAGAUUAUUGUAAUUAAUGACGAUGAAGAAAAAGAUUACAUGGAGGUCAUUUCUGCCACCCAUCUGCGGCGGCGAGUUGCCGCCAAAGGCGACGAAGAAAGUGGCGGCGAAACAGAGUUCUUUCACAAGAAUUUCGCAGCUUGAUUUAAGCAAUCCAAAUUCUCUUCUCUCGGAGGAUCUUUCCAUAUCUCUAGCCGGCUCUAACAUUCAUAUGUUCACUUUAGGAGAGAUUAAGGUCAUGACACAGAGUUUCUCCACCGGAAACUUCAUCGGAGAAGGCGGGUUCGGACCCGUGUAUAAAGGAUUCAUCGACGACAAGCUCCGCCCCGGCCUCAAGGCUCAGCCUGUCGCCGUCAAGCUCUUGGACUUGGACGGCACUCAGGGCCACCGCGAGUGGUUGACGGAGGUGAUAUUUUUGGGACAAUUACGAGAUCCUCAUUUGGUGAAAUUGAUUGGAUAUUGCUGUGAAGAUGAACAUAGGGUGUUGGUUUAUGAGUACAUGCCAAGAGGAAGUUUAGAGAACCACCUCUUUAGAAGAUUUUCAGUGUCAUUAUCAUGGUCAACAAGAAUGAAAAUUGCUUUAGGAGCUGCCAAGGGAUUGGCCUUCCUUCAUGGAGCUGAAAAACCAGUAAUUUAUAGAGAUUUCAAAGCUUCCAAUAUCUUGUUGGAUUCAGAUUACAAUGCAAAGCUUUCAGAUUUUGGGUUGGCUAAAGAUGGCCCUGAUGGAGAUGACACCCAUGUCUCCACCAGGGUUAUGGGUACCGAAGGUUAUGCGGCUCCUGAAUACGUUAUGACCGGUCAUUUGACGGCCAUGAGUGAUGUGUAUAGUUUUGGAGUAGUACUUUUGGAAUUGUUGACUGGACGACGGUCACUCGAGAGGAGCCGACCACAUCGAGAGCAGAAUUUGGUUGAAUUUGCACGGCCGAUGUUGAAUGACAACCGGAAGCUUUCCCGGAUCAUGGACACGAGACUGGAAGGGCAAUACUCGGAGUCUGGAGCGAGAAAGGCAGCGGCAUUGGCGUACCAAUGCCUAAGCCACCGCCCAAAGCAACGACCAACGAUGAGCGAAGUGGUGAAAAUCUUGGAGCCACUCAAGGACUACCAAGACAUGCCCAUCGGAACCUUUGUUUUCGAGAUGCCGGAGAAGACUCCGGCAUCGAAUGGUCACCAUAGACAAAACCACGACCUUCGACACCCUAGAUCACCGAAUUCGUUGUCAGAAAAUGGGAUGAGCAAUGGUAACCGACGGCCGACGAGCUCCCCGUUGCACCCCAGAGGUGGUGGCCGGAGACAGUAGGGCCGUUGGAUUUGGAACACUUCCUGUAAAUGACCAAAUAUGUAGAUAGAGAUUCAUUGGACAUACUUGCAAGUUGCAAAAGAGAAGCUGUGGGUAAUUUCAAUUGUUUUAAUUCCUUUUUAUUUUCUUUUGGUGAUUUUGUUUUUAUUUUUUCAAUCCAAUACAAAACGAUUUGAUCUGUCUUUGGGUAAUUCAAAUCAAAUGCAAUUUUAUAUAUAGGAUUAAAUUACACAUAUAUUUGAAUUUUUACAUUUCUUUUAACUUUUUUUUUUUUUUUUUUACAAUAUAUAUGUUCUCGAAAUUUUAAAUUUGUAUCUAAUAAAUCAUUGACUUAUUCGACAUGUUUUAAAAUAGGCACAAACCUACUAAACUACAAAGUUAUAAAUUUAGGAUCGUCCUAUUAACCACGGAAUUUAACUUUAUAUCUAAUAGUUAUUAAUGGUCAAGAUUAUUGAGAGAGAAAAAAAAAACGAAAAGGACCAAUUCAAAUGAGACAACUCACCAAAGAUUUGUUUACCAAAGCAACAAUAAUUUCAACAUUGUAGAAUACAGCUACAACUUUUGGCCAAA